CUCGGGCGUGGCGCCGGCGGGAUCGCAUCGCGGCGCGGGGCGGUGCUGCGGGUCGUGGUGCGGAGCGGAGCGGGGCUGCGGGGCUCUGCUCGCCCGCACCAUGGAGGAGUUCCUGCAGCGUGCCCGCUGCCAGCUGAACAGGAGCAAGCACCUGGAGAAAGUCCAUGUUGUUCUUGGAAAUAAAUCUUGUGAUUUGGACUCUCUUAUUUCUGCUCUGGCCUAUGCCUACUUUCUAGACAAGGUCAGUCCUCCUGAUGUUCUUUGCCUACCGGUGUUGAACAUACCAAGAAGAGACUUCAGCUACUUCACAGAGACAAGAUAUAUAUUGGAGGAGCUGAAUAUCCCAGAGUCAUUCCAUAUCUUCCGAGAUGAAAUCAAUUUGCACCAGUUGAAUGCUGAAGGGAAAUUGUCUUUAACACUUAUAAACAGCAACAUGCUGACAAGCGAGGACAAAAGUUUGGAAUCAGCUAUUGUCAAAGUCAUCAAUCCGGAUGAGCAAUAUGAUGGCAGCCCGGAGUUACAAACGUCAUCUUCGUCUCUAGUAGUAAAAGAGAUUCUUCAAGAGGCACCAGAGUUAAUCACUCAGCAACUGGCUUAUCUCCUCAGAGGAAGCAUUCUCUUAAAGUGCAUGUCUUCAGAGCUUGACGGAAUCACAGAACAGCAGGAGAAAGUGCUGUCAGUUCUAGAGGAAAAGUUCCCAGGUCUUCCCCCACGAGAGGAAAUUAUCUCUGUUCUCCAGGAGACUCAGCUUAAACCUCAAGGUGUAAGCAUUGAGGAAGUUAUGCUGAAGGAUCUCAAGGAAAUUUCAGAUGGAGAAAUCAAAGUAGCAAUUAGCACUGUGUACAUGACACUGGAGGACUGUGUGUUACACAGGAGUCUCCUUGGUGAUCUGAAAGCAUUCAUAGAUAAAUAUGGGUUUGAUGUACUUGUCAUUUUGGCCAACUCUUUGUCAGACGAGGAGCAAAUGAAACGGCAAAUUGCAGUAUACUCGGAAAACUUAGAGCUAGGCAAUCAAAUUUGCUGUGAAUUAGAAGAAUGUCAGAAUCCUUGUUUGGAGUUGGAUCCUCUAGAAUGUGGAUGUGACCAAAUUCUUAUUUAUCGUCAAGAAAAUUCUUUGGUGACCUGUGAUCAAAUUUUUCUUCUCAUUAAGGAAGUCAUAAAUAGAAGACAACCAGAAAUGGUAUCAAACAGUAGAACUUCUUCAACUGAAGCAGUUGCUGGGAGCGCUCCACUUUCACAAGGAUCUUCUGGUAUUAUGGAGUUGUACGGUUCUGAUGUAGAACCACAGCCCAGUUCUGCCAAUUUUAUAGAAAAUUCUCAAGAUCUAAAUGGAUCCAUACAAGCCCAUGUUGAUCUUAAUGUAGAUCUUGUGAGUCCAGACAGUGGGUUGGCUACCAUUAGAAGCAGCCGGUCUUCCAAGGAGAGCUCUGUUUUCCUUAGUGAUGACAGCCCCGUUGCAGAAGGUGGUGCUUCCCAUCAUAGUCUUCUGCCUGGCUUUGAUUCCUACAGCCCUAUUCCUGAAGGAGUAAUAGCAGAAGAACAAAAACCUCAAUCUAGAGACAACAGCGACAACUUUGACCUUUUCAAUUUUGAUCUAGCACCUGUGGUUACAGCUCCAUCUGAGUCAUCUUCUCGUUCUGUUGACUGUUCUCCAGCAGAUGACUAUUUCCUUAAUAGUGAUUCAUCAGAAGGACAACAACUCACUGUGCAGAAAGAACUUGAUGAGGCAAACCUGUUAGAAAGUGAUACAGCAAAUUAUUCAACUGACUUACUUAUGACAGCAAAUGAGGAAGACAAUUUAGCUGAAUUUGAUGAGAAUCCAGGAGAAAUGUGUGAAAAAACUUCAAGUUUGAUCAACUUAGUUGAAGGUGAUUCUUCCUCACCAGAAAUGUUGAAAUCUUCUGAUUCGAGAAUUCCACCAACUCCUAUGAACAGUCUAGUAGAAACUUCACCAUUAAAUAAUGGGCAGCCUUUGUUUUUCCCACAAGAUGUCAUUAAAAAAAUUAGUGAAAUAGAUGGCACAAAGUAUUCUCAGUCUCGUGUUAGAUAUGGAAGCUGGUGGGAUGGCUUUGACCUAGAGUCCCGAAAUGUGGACACAUGGAGUUCAAGUGAGCAGGAAUCUGUAUUUCAUAGCCCUGUCUUAUGGAAGGAUUGUAACACAAGUCCAUUGCUACGAGAACAUGUUGACAGAAGAGCAUCAGAUUCUGUAUUCCUCCAAAAGCAGCCAAAGCAAAUAGAAUACAUGAGACCAGGUCUGUGGGAUAAUCAGUUUAAACAAGACAAUCAGAAACAGGAGAACAAAGAGGAAAACAGUGAAGAUUUGUGUUUGCAAGCUACUUCUUUAGAGGAGACAGAGCAAGAACCAGAGAAUUUUACUGACCCAUGGAGGGUCAGUCAGCCAACACCUGUGAUGUCAGAUGCAUGGUGCAGUGGUGAAGGGAAAGUUAGUCAGCUAGCUGGAGACUCUUACGAAGCCUGGAUUAAAUUUAAUGCAGAAGACAUUGCUAAAUCCUCAGAAAAUUUAUGGAACAUGCCAAAAUUGGAUAGAGAAAAAAAAUCAGUGAAUGUUCCUGAGGAAUGGGCCAUACCAAAAACUAGUUUAUCAGAUUCUUCAGAGAUCACAACGGACAAUGAGACUGAAAAUCCACCUGUCCAGAUAUCUCCAGAAGCCUGGGAUAAAGAAAGAUAUUAUUCACUAGAAGAAUAUGGAAUAUCUGAAAAUACAAAUUCUGGUAUCAACAAUAUGCAAAAUAAUUCCAGAUUACAAACAGAGAAAAACACUCUGUUAGGUGACACUAAACAUAGACCAAAACAAUUUGAAAAUAUAGAGGCCUGGAAUAUAUAUGAUAAAAACAUCAGGAAAGAAGUAACAGAAAUAGUGGUGCCCUGGGAUGAUACUUUCUCAUAUAAACGCUCAGAUCUUAGUUCAUCAAACAUAGGUGAAGAUUUAGUUGUUUCACCACCAGACACCAGUUACUCAACAUCUGAUUCAUAUAUAUCACCUACAUAUGUGGAAGAUGAAGGAGAAAAUGAGGGCAAAGAUUUUGACCAAACAACAGUUACUGAUAAAUUGAUAAACCCAAAUUGGGUUGAAUCAAAAGCACUUGAGAAAGCAAAUAAUGAACCAUUAUCUCCUAGAAACAUGACUUUUUCAAACCCAAUGGACACAGACAUCUGGAACACACCCCUAAAUAAUGUUGCCCAGUUACAAGAAAGAAAUUCUGAAAUUACUGCUCAUUCUACCUCUGCUAAGCCUUUACUUAAUUCAGAACAGGCAACUAAUCAAUAUUUUUCAACUGAGAUAUAUAACAAUGGAAGUAACUUUUCUGUAUCUGAAAACAGAAGAGUAACACCAGUAUACAAUCAAACAGUGAAUGACUUAUCACCACCACAGAAUGAAUUAAAUACUGGACAGACUUCAUCUGUAAAUGUAGAAACAGAGACCAGUGUUCUUGUAGAAGACACAGACACAUCUAUGCUGACUUUAGAUGCUGGGGAUAGUUCGGCUCUGAAAACACGUGACUUAGGAAGUGAAAUACUAAGUAAGGAGGCACCAAAGAAUACUGGUGAUGUUGAUGAAAAGCUGAAUAGCCAGCAUUCAGAGCAGCAGCUGAACUCAUGGAGUUUACAAAGUGAACAGGAUUGUGAGGAAGGCUGUGACAACGUCGUUGUCAUCUCUCAGGAAGAGGAAGAGAAAUAUAUGAGAACAGAUGACACAAAUGGAAAGCAAACUAUUACUGACAUUUGUAACGAACCUGUACAAGAUGACAGUGAAUUUUCAUGUAAUGCAGAUUCAGAAGAAAACAGGUCAACUUCUGAAGUUCCCAGCUUCCUAGAAAAAAUGAGGAAUAGUGUUAGUCUAGAAGACUUAGUCACAGAGAAUGAGUCAUUUACCAAUCAAACUAAUCUUAUCAGUCAUGAAGAGAAGAGAGAAUUGUUGCACAAUGUUGCAGAGUCUUUAAGUGUUGCUGAGGAAGACAGGAAUUACGAAUCUUUAGGUGACUCCAGUCCACAAAACUAUAGUUGUAGUGAAACAACUCAGCCACUUAGUGAGAAGGAUGAAAAGGAGACUAUAGUUAUAGAGGGUGCAAUAAGUCCUGAGAUGGAAAGUAUCUCUGAAAAUUCUCAUAAGGGUAGUGAUAAUCCUGAAACUAAUUCUUCUAAAAUGCCUGGAAUAUCAGGCAUCUGGUAUGACUCUGGAAAGACUGUUUGUGACUUAGCCACAUCGAUUCCUUUGAUGAAUGAACCACCAGAAGCACUGGAAGAAGUGAGAGACAGCUUACAUAAUGUGGUUCUUAACAAUACAGACACUUCUGAGUUAGUAUCUUUUGAAAAUAGCUCAGAACUAAACAGCGGUCAUGAAAAGGUUUUCAUAGUAGAGUCUCCACAAAUUAACUGUCAGAAGAGUCCUGCUGAAUAUGUAAGUGUUCCUGACAUCACAGAUAUGUCUAUGGUGGUAAAUUUAUUUUCACAUGAAAUAGCUUCAAGGAGAAAUGAAAAUUCUCAAGAUUUAGAAUCUGAUAAUAAUCUUUGCAGAGAGCUUUGUGUAGCACUUAAUGACAGUUUUCCCAAAACUGCUUGGAAUUUACUGCAAUGUGAAGAUUUGAAGUCUUCUGCAACAAAUUCUGAGGCAAGUGAAGUCCAUGAAAUGGCAAACACCACAAGCAGCAUUUCAAAGGAUAUACAGAUCAAAAGUUAUUUGGAAGAAGAUAAUGUAUGGAGUGGUUCAAUAAAUGAUUAUACACACUCAAGUGGAACAAGUCCUGAUUUAAGUGAUACAUCUGUGAAUGUGUGGGGAGACCUUCCAGUUGCCAGUCAUCACAAAGAAAGUAGAGACACAAGUGGUGAAAAUCUUGAGGAUGCUUGUAAAAUAAAAGAAUUUGGGAAUGAAUUUCAAGAAGGAUUUGAAACAAGUGCUGAACAGAACAAAGUUCCUAAAAGCUUAGAUUUUUGGAAUGCCCAUGUAGAUGAUGAUACUGUAUCUUCUUUAUCAAGUCCUGAAAUAAAUGAGGAUUCAGAGAAUUCAGAGGCAUGUCCAGAACUAAAGAAUGAAGAUUCCACUUCUGAAAACAAAGCAUCUGAAACUGGAGAGGAUUAUGCACAAUCUAGUGCAAGAUGUCCUGAAACAAACAAAGAUGAUUUAGAUGCAAAAACUGAGGUGGGAGAGGAGAUCCAGACAGAUAUCUUAAAUGAAACAAUUGAAGCUGGUAUUGUGUCACAGGAAAACUUGACUGUAAUGAAGUAUAAUGAGAAUUCUGAAUAUUUAGAUCACCAGGAAACACUUCAGAAUAAACAUGAUGUGAGUAUUUUCGGUGAAAAAAUGUGUAGCACAGAGGACUCACAUUUGUAUCAAAUGAAUGAAGAUACCACAAGGACUUUUGCUGUUGGUUAUAAGGAAGGCUAUUCUUCAGAAGCUGCAGAUACGUGGAGUAUGUCACUAGAAGCUGAUUUAAGAACUGAUCCAAAAUCCACUGUAGGAACAUUUGAUUUUCCACAUGGUAGUUCAGAAUGGUGGAAUUCACCAACUUUUGAAGAAAAGCCUGUGGAAGACCAGUAUUCUCUUUCAAGUCACUCUGUAAAAGAACAAUUUACAGACAGUAAGGAAGAGUCCCGCAGGUCACCUUCACAAAAUGAAGAACUAACAGAAGCGUAUUUCAUUGAAACAGAUAAUGAUAGAAAUCAGCCUCCCCACCUUUGCUGUGUUGGAGGAGAAAAUGAAAAACUAAUACAUCCUGUGAAUAUUUCUGAUAGUCAAGUAAAUCAAGACAUUGUAGAGUUCAAACAAUUUGAUCCUUUUGUACUAGAUAAAGAAGAAAGGGUCUUGAAAGAGCAAAUAUUUCCUGCAGAUGAGGGAAAUCAAUUGACUUCACAGAAUCCUUUUUCAGAUUAUCAACUAGGUAUGUCAAGUACAGCAGUUCAAGAAAACACAGUUCUUGAUCUACCAAAAAACAAUGAGAGAAAUGCAAGUCUCAUUCCUCAGGAACAACAUCCAGACACCCGUGAAACUUUAGAAGUGCACACCCCCCUGCCAGGUGCUUUUCUUGUAGAAGACUUAUCUUUUGAAAUGACAGAGAAGUCAAGUCCAGGAUGGAGUGUAUUGGCUCCCCAAACAGCAGUUAUCCCAGAUAUUUUACAAGAUAACACACAAGAAAAUAAUCAGUUGUUUUCAGUGGAACCUGACCUGUGGACUAAUGCUGAGCAGCUUGUCACUUUGAAAUCAGAUAGUGAAAAUCCUGAUCUGUUAAGUCAUUGUGACCAAGACAAUAGUUCUGAGGCAUCAAGCAGUCCAGAUGUGUGCCAAGAGCAUGAAGUUAAGCAUUCCUCUAUCCUGUCUUCUCAAAUUAGCGUGGAUCCUGAAGCUGAAAAUAGUCAGCUCAUUCACACCCAGUCAAAUAUGAGUGAAGAUGCAGAUGCUGAUUUAAACUGUCAGUUCGUAUUGCAGAAGGUAGAGGCAGAGUCUGAAAGUAAUGGUCCCCAAGACCAUGAUCAGGGAAAGGAUGAUGAAUCCUAUCAGUUAGACUCUUCUAAUACUCACGAGCCUUCAGAAUUUGCAAUUCUGAAAUGUAGUCUACAAAACGAAGUUGUUACUGAGCCGGCUGAGUCUGUUGAAAUCCCCAGUGAAGUUUUAGGAGCAACGUCCUUAGAUCUGAAAGACACAUCCCAUGGAAGUUAUACUCCUGCAAACCAGCAAGGAAUACCACCUGAUUCAGCUCAAAUAGUGACCUUCCAAACACAUUUUGUUCCCAUGGAUUUCAGUCUUCCUGAUAGGGCAGAACAAAGCCUACAAGAAACAAGUGCUUUGGCUGAAGCUGGAAUAUAUUCUGAUAUUGACCAUAUGACAAUAACUGGUGAUGAGCUGGACAUACCAGAAGAAUAUGUGGAUGGAUCUGAGACAGGGGUAGAACAUAACAUCCUUAACGCAUCAGUCACUAGUACCCCAGUGAGCACAUGUGGUGAAAUUAACAUACUGGAACUAGCAGGCAGUGAAACAGCAGACAGGGAAUCAAGUGAUGCACAGAUAUUCUUUCCCAAAUCCUUUCUGCCUGGUGAUAAUGAAGGCCAUGAAUCUGAUUCAAAUAAUCAAGUGGUAGAUGACAUAGUGAAAGAAAACGAAGAAGUAAUUGAGAAUGAUGUUCCUGUGUUUAAGGAAGUGCCCAGUGAUCAGUCACCAGCAACAUGCACUCCACCAUCCUAUGUGUCUUUUGAUGCCAAACCCUCUAGCAGCAGAGAGUGUGAGAAGGAUGAGCUCUUGUUACAGCAGCCAUUUUGUGAAAGCGUUUCUUUGGAAAAGCCUUUUCCACUGCUUACCCCUUCAGAAGCUGCUGGAGGCAUCCUAAUCAUCAAAGACAACAGCAUCAAAGAUCAAGUAUCCGACAUAUCCACAGAGGAUCUUCAGGAGAAUUGCACGUCAGUAGCUUCACUCUUAGAGCCUGAAGUAACUCUAGGAGCUUCUGAGAUUCUGAAAGGAAAAUCUGAACCAGAAACAACUGAUCUCGAGUCACCGCCAGGUGGAGAUAAAGAAUCACCUGAUGAAGCUGGCACUGACUCCCUGCUUUGUAGGGAGAAUAAGCUGAGAAAUUCCUCUGAGAGCCCUGAACUGGAAAGUACGGAAAGUAAGGAAGAUGUGAAGAUACAAGCGCACAGAGAUCCAGCUUCACUGGAUAUGGAUUACAUCCUUGUUACUGAGGAAGAAAAUAUACCUUCAGAAAAGGAUAUGCUUGAAACAAAAGAAAGUGAUUUUGCAUUUCAAGAGGCUAAUGUAGCUGAACAAACAGAAUUGCAUGAACACAUUUCACCAGGCUCCUUGGAUACCCUUCAGCCGAUCUCCAUAAUAAACAAAAGGGAAGACCAGUCUGUUUGUGAGACUGAAUGGGACUUAGAUGAGACAAGCUCUUCUGUCGUACCCCAAAAAGUGGAUGAUGAAAGGAGAUCACAGGAAAGCUGUGGGCAAGAUGAGGGCUGGAUUAUAUUGGGCCAGAAUGAAGUUAGUGAUGUAUCACCUGCAGAAAUUUCUGCAGAGUCAGAGAUGACAAAAACAGGGUCUGGACAUUCUGGCAAAGAAGUGGAAGCUGCCGUAGCACAGGAAUUGAUUCUUGACGCUCAACCAGAAUCUCAGGUGGCUGGUGGUGAUGCUACGUCAGAAGCAAACUCUCAACAGAGUCUCGGAAAUAACAUAGCAGCAGAGCAAGAAAUUAAAGAAGAAACAGUGUUUCUCAACACUGAAAGAGAACUGAGUCGAAAAUCAGGGUUGUUACAAGAGAAUGUAGGAAUGGACAUCCCCUUUGGUGAGGGUGUAUUAAGCCCCGUUUCUACAGAGAUGAGACCCGAACCUCCAAAUUCUCUUGAUCUUAAUGGUUCCCAUCCCAGAAGGAUAAAGCUUACUGCUCCAAAUAUCAAUCUCUCUUUGGACCAGAGUGAAGGUUCUGUGCUUUCUGAUGAUAAUUUGGACACACCAGAUGAAAUUGACAUCAAUGUAGAUGACCUUGACACUCCUGACGAAGCAGACUCUUUUGAAUACACUGGGCAAGAAGAGCAGACUGCUAUUAAGGAUGCUUCCCAGGAGGAGUCUGAAUCAAUUCCAGAGUACACUGCUGAGGAGGAGCGAGAGGACAACAGGUUAUGGAGAACAGUGGUUAUUGGAGAACAAGAACAAAGAAUUGAUAUGAAAGUUAUUGAACCUUACAAAAAGGUUAUUUCACAUGGAGGAUACUAUGGUGAUGGUCUGAAUGCUAUCAUUGUGUUUGCUGCAUGCUUCUUGCCAGACAGCAGCCGAACUGAUUACAACUAUGUCAUGGAAAAUCUUUUCCUGUAUGUAAUCAGUACCUUAGAGCUGAUGGUAGCAGAAGACUAUAUGAUUGUAUACUUGAAUGGAGCAACACCAAGAAGGAGGAUGCCUGGACUGGGUUGGAUGAAAAAAUGUUACCAGAUGAUUGAUCGACGAUUGAGGAAGAAUUUGAAAUCAUUCAUAAUUGUUCAUCCAUCAUGGUUUAUCAGGACAAUCCUGGCUGUGACACGACCUUUUAUAAGCUCUAAGUUCAGUAGUAAAAUACAGUACGUCAACACGUUGGCAGAGCUUCGUGAGAUGAUUCCAAUGGAAUACGUGCACAUACCCGAUAGUAUUGUCAAGUAUGAUGAAGAGAAGUGUAUUAAGAGAAGAAUGAGACUGGAUGAAGAACUGAGGGAAGCUUCAGAAACAGCUAAAACUAGCUGCCUCUCAAAUGAUCCAGAAAUCACUUCAGUGGAACAGGACAUUGACAUGACCCUGAAAUAACAAGCAUCACUGCCAAACAUUUGAAGAAGAGAGUAUCCUUGGAUUUUCGUCACCCAGACACCUGUGACCAUGGUGUGCCAUAGGCACAUGGUGUGCAAUAGGUUCAUUUUGUUUGUGGUAUGACUUUUUUGGUGCCAUUUAGCAAUCUAAGAAGACCAAACGGGCCAAUCCUGUUGCCAUGGAAACAGCAAAAAUUUGGACCUAUCUAUUCGUUGUUUUCAGAAGUAGUUUUCAUUAGGACCACUAUAUCAUCUAGCAUUGGUUUCUGUAAAUGUGUGCAAUUUCUGUUUAAGAUUAUAAUAUUUUACCAACAGUAUGCCUCAUGAAUGAGUCAAUGAGGAUGUAGAUUUUUGUUUUAGUUUUGUCUUCAGCAUAUUAACGUUAUGCGUAACUGAAUUGUUAUUAUUACAAUAAAUGUUAGCUUAGUUGUUUCACAGAGCAGCAGCAACCUUAUUGUUCAAAAAUAAUUCUAGAAACAAUGCAGGACUUUCCUGAAUGUGUUUGUUUCUGCUGUAUGAAAAAUCUUCCCAUCUUCAUUUAACCUUAAUAACUUUUUAUUUUCUCACAGAAAGGCCUGAUACUCUAAAAAAUAAUAAUUAAUUAUUAAAGAUACUUCAUAGAGAACAAAUGACUAACAGAAAUUAAUUUUAAUCACUUACUUUUAUCUUUAUUUUAAGCGUAGCUUUUAGAGAGGUAGAUGUUUGUUAUAUGUAUAUGUUCUAAAGGCUUUGAAUUAAAUUAUUUUAUUAUUAUUGCUUUUUAAUCUGUUUUCCCAGUACUUUUUUUUUUUUAAGUUAUGACUCUUUGAAUGGCAUCCUAACUGAAAUCACAAAGGCUAAUGCUAUGAAUACAAAAAGAAACACCUAGUAUUUUCUGCUAACAACUAAUGACUGAAAAUAUAUAAAAGUUGGGAAUCACAAUCAUUUGUUAGGAAUAUAUGUCAAAGUAUUAUUUGAAGUAUGCCUAAUAUCAAAAAUAAGUAUUACAAUGCAAUUUGUUGUCUGUAUCAUAAAACUUAUCAGUAUAAACAUGAAAAAAAAAAAAAAAAGGCAAGUAUUUGUUGUUUGCUGCUGUCCUGCAUACUGCAAUGAAAGAUGCUGUGGUAAAUCCUGAUACUCAUAUGGAAAAUAACUGCAGUGUCUCAGACCAUUCUUUUGCAAGACAGUGCAAAUUAUUACUUCAGUGAAUUCUGCUUGUCUGCUUUAAAAAGUCAAGAGUAUGACUAAUGCUUUCUUUUCCCCCAUAUGUGUGCACUUGCCAAACCUGCUGUCUCGUCUACCUUGUGGGAUGUCCUAAUGGAAGUAACAGAAUUAUGCACUCUCUGAAAUAUUAUUCCCAUCUUCAAGAGAUUUUCAUGUGCCCUAGAAUUACAUCUGUGGAAUCUCUACUUGUCUAUAAAUUAACAAUCCUUAGAAGUUACAAUUUUCAUUUUACGUAUGCACUAACUCCAAUCCCACUUCCAGCCCAGAAUUAUAAAAUAAACAGAAGACAAGCAAAGUUUGCUUAGAGAAUGGAAUUUAAGCAAAAGUCAGGCACAAGCCUUGAUUUUUCAGUAGGAUCUAAAAUGAGAGUGAAAAUUGUAUUUCAUUCUUCAUUUAAAAAGUUGAUAAUUUUUUUCUGUUUUUUGCACAUUGCCAUUUGUGUCAAUUUGUAUCUUAUAUUUGCAAGAGGUAGUCUGUAGGCAAGGGAGCAAGCAUCCAUCACUGUGUGCAGUUGCUCAGCUACUGUAAUGAAGAUUGACAAAGUUGUCAGAAAGGCAAGAGGUGGCCAAAUGCUUACUUAUCUGCCAGCAACAAAACUGAAAUAUCUGCACAUCUACAAUCCUUCUCUCUACUGUCAGCUAUUGCAUUGUGUCUGUCAUUCUAGGUAGCCUGUUUUAUCACAUCCCUCUGUCAGUUCCUCUUAACUUUCACAUUAGAGGGAGGGCCUAAUCCUGCUGACCAUUGUUGCUGCUCUAUAACCUGACCUUGUCAUCAUUAGGAUCUGAUAGUUUGCACAGUUCUCAGAUAUUUGAAUCUUGGCUUGUGUUUGCCUUAUAAAAGUGCUGUCACUUAGAAUAUUGGGGAUAUUGCUUUAUGUACAAAUUAAUAUUUGUAUUAACUUCCAGUUGCUAAUUAAGCUAGGUCUAGAUCAGAAGAGCAUUUUAUAGCAUGAAACCACAUCUGUAAACUUGUAGUUCAAGCCACUAGAAUGGGCAAGUUGACUUGUGUUAGGCUGUAUGUGAGAGGAGUGUUUGCUAAAAGAGAAGUUCACCACAAAGCAGAAGUUCAGCACAAAUGUUCAUGUCUUUGAGACAUAAAUGGGUUGGAAGACAUUACAUACCACUUAACAUUGGAUGGCAGCCUGGAGGUGAAUUUCUUUCUAAAGGCUUUGUGUGGAAUCACUAAACAGCAAAGCUACGUAAGAAUUAAUUUGAUUAAUGUUGAUAGACUAAUAAUGGCAGCCUGAGAAGGUAGAAAUUUGUUUAAGCCAGAUGUCACAUCACCAGUGUGAUGGUGCAAAAAUGAUUGCAAGAACAAGGUGUGGUUGUCUUUGCUUAUUAAUAUAUUUUAAAAAGUUUUUUAAUGUUAUGAUAUGGCAGUUAUAUAUCAUACUUACAAUAAAGUAUCAAUAUUGAUUAGUAGUUUGUUGAAAAAGGAAUAUAGUACAUGUAAUCGCAAAGUUAUAAUCUUUUAUAUACAAAUUUUUUCUACCAUGUAUGAGAGUGCUCAGAUCAAAUAUAAAUUAAUAGUUGCAAUUUUUUUUGUUAAAAGACCUAUGCUGACUUAAAUUAUAGAUUAAGCAAUACAAGGAUAUCUGAUAUCAUUGUAUGCAUAUAUAUAUAUGAAUCAGAAAUAAAGAACUUCAAUCCACCACUGGAA